AAAAAGCGGGAUCAUGUAGUUUCAGAUAUUUACAUCGUUGGAUUCGUGGUGAACAAUACAACAGCGAAUAUGGUUAAAGCUUUUGUUUUGCUCUGUUUGAGCUUGUGUCGUCUGGUUGAUGUGACAGAGUCAGUGAACUCAGUGUCGGUGAUGGAGGGAGAUUCUGUCACUCUAAACACUGAUGUCACUGAAACACAGAAAUAUUUGCUGAUACAGUGGACGAUCGGAAGCACAAGAAUCGCUGAAUUUAACAAACUCACACAAACCAGCUCUACCUUUGAUAGUAAAUUCAGAGACAGACUGACUCUGGAUCUAACCGGAUCUCUGACCAUCACAAACACCAGAAACACAGACUCCGGACUUUACAAACUAACAAUAGUCGGCGACGAAACCGAAUACAAGAAUUUCAAUGUUACUGUCAAUGAAUCUCCACGGAGUACUUCAUCAUCAGAAACAUCAUCAAGCUCAAAUUUUGUGACGUCCAGCUUUGUGGUGAACAAUCAAACGGAGAAUGACUACAACACUGAACUCCAUAAACCAAGUUCAGAUCCCAUCCACUGUUGUGGUUUUACUGAAGCUGUGAUCCGAUUGGUUGUCUCUGCACUGGUGGGCGUGGCUACUGUUGCUGUUCUGGUUUAUGACAUCAGAUCUACGAGAAGAGAGCUGAUCAGAACAAGAUGGAUUGAACAUUACCAUCAGACUUCUGUGGCGUCAUACCAUCAGUAUGAAAUGUGCAGAACACUUAGUUCUGGAGAUGUUGAGAUGUAAAGCUCUAAACUAAUAAAAUGGCAUAGAAUGAUUUUAUAAACUCGAAGCUCUGUUGAGUCUCACAGGCAAUUGAUGCACAUUUUUGGUGAAUUUAUUUAAUAAAGAAUUUUUUUUUUUACAA